UUUUUUAAAAAUUUCGAGCUCUAGGGUUUUCCCUGUUAUAUCACGAAACAACCUUUAAAGAGACGUUACUUGUUUUUUGCUACCUUUUUUUGUCGUCUUCAAGUUUUGAUAAAGUUAUUAACAUGAGCUUCGGGACACUCCAGUUACCUUCCGUAAUUCCUAAGCCUACAAUUCAAGCUAUCAUAGAGAGGGCAUGUAAUCCUCAAUUGGGUGAACCAGAUCUAGCAUUGGAUUUGGAAAUUGCAGAUUUGAUCAAUCAAAAAAAGCAAAAUUAUCCACGAGAAGCUGCUAUGCAUAUUGUGAGACUAAUAAAUAAUAGAAAUCCAAAUGUUGCAUCGUUAGCUUUGACGUUAUUGGAUAUUUGUGUAAAAAAUUGUGGGCAUGCUUUUCAUUUACAUAUUGCGACAAAAGAAUUUCUUAAUGAAAUUGUUCGAAAAUUCCCUGAAAGACCACCGGCCUUACUGAAUCCAAUACAGUUGAGAAUUUUGGAGUUCAUACAGGAAUGGAGAUCAACUAUAUGUGUUAAUUCACGUCAUAAGGAUGAUCUUGUUCAUAUUAAUGACAUGUAUAGAUUGCUAAGUUAUAAAGGUUAUAUAUUUCCGGAAAUAGAUACUCAAUCUGCAGCGGUCCUCAAUCCAACAGAGACUUUGAAGUCUCCAGACGAACUUGAACAAGAGGAUCGUGCUGCGCAAGCAGCGAAGUUACAAGAGUUAAUUAGAAGAGCUACUCCAGCAGAUUUAGAAGAAGCUAAUGAACUUAUGAAGGUUAUGGCUGGAUAUGACCCUGAAGCUAAACCUGAUUAUAAGAAACAAACUAAUGAAGAAUUGGAGAAAAUUCAGAGAAAGACUAUACUUUUAAAUGAUAUGCUUAAUAAUGUUAAAGUUGGUGAAAGGAUAGGUGUUAGUGAUAUAUUUGAGGAAUUAUCUCAGGCCUGUAAAGUUGUGCAACCUAAAAUUCAGAAAUUUAUUGAAGAGGAAGUUGAUAGUGAGAGCAUUGAUCGUCUAUUAAACUUGAAUGAUCUGAUUAAUACGGUAUUGAAAAGAUUUGAAGAUACAAAGAAUGGAAUAUUCGAGCCGCCUGAAGAAAAGCCUCAGCCGCCACCGCAAUCAUCAUCAACCACAAAUGAAUCCACUUCGGAAUCCUUGUUAAUUGAUUUCGGAAAUCCCGACCCACCACAAGGUCAAAUUCAAAUUACUGAUGAUUUGCUAGAGUUAAAUGGAAGUUCUAAUAACAAACCUUCUUCUGAAAAAGGUAUUAUACAUAUAUAUAUAUAUACUAUUUUAAAAAAAUAAUAAUAAUAAAUUUAUUUUUAACUCUGUUAGGAACAGGAAAU